AAGGAGAGACGCAGGGAAGAAAAGGGUGAGAGAGAUCGCUGAACGGGUAUAUGCUUUAUAACAACCAUUUGUAGAAACUUUGCACAUAAACGCGUCGCAAAGGAAGUGAGGAAGGGAACAGAGGAGAGAGAGAGAGAGAGAGAGAGAGAGAGAGAGAGAGAGAGAGAAGGAAGCGGAUUUCUAUAAUCAACACACGCCACAGAGUCGAAGUCGGAUUUCACGGAAAGGGAAUACCAAAUAAACUGUACAGGACAGCGAAGAAGAGAAGGUUUUACCCGCCGGAAAGACGACAGAAAACGAGCUCCUGCGAUGCGAUUGGCCGAGGGACCGGAUGUGCGGGCGGUGCGGAGGUCGGCCAUGGUGCACACGGAGGUCACGACCCCCGGGGUCACUGAGCACGCUCACAACGAGACGGGGCCCAUGAAAGAGCACGACGUCUUCACACACAUGAAGAGCAAAUUCAUGAACGAACUGCACACACUCCCACUCCCCCUGUGGGCUCUGGCCGGUAUUGCGAUUGUCGCCGCUCUGCUGGUGCUCUGCUGCUGCGCCUGCCUCUGCAAGAAAUGCUGCGGCCGCAAGAAGAAAGGCAAGAAGGGGAAGGGCAAGAAAGCACAGAUCAACAUGAAGGACGUCAAAGGCAUGGGCGACAGCACCGUGGACAAGGUCCAGCCGGAUGUAGACGACCUGGACUCGGGGCUGACUGACGGGAGGAAGGACGAGAAGCUGGGCCGACUGCAGUACAGCCUGGACUACGACUUUCAGAAUGGACAGUUGGUUGUAGGUAUUAUCUCUGCGGAGGAUUUGCAGGCGAUGGAUAUGGGUGGCACGUCAGACCCCUAUGUGAAGGUCUACCUGCUCCCAGACAAGAAGAAGAAAUUCGAGACCAAAGUGCACCGCAAGACCCUGAGCCCCUCCUUCAACGAGUCCUUCAAAUUCAAGAUCCCCUAUGCUGAACUCUCUGUGCAGAUCCCCUAUGCUGAACUCGGUGGUAAGACUCUGGUGAUGUCAGUCUAUGAUUUUGACCGAUUCUCCAAACACGACGCGAUCGGGGAGGUCAAGGUUCCCAUGAGUCACGUGGACCUGGCGCAUCUCAUCGAAGAGUGGAGGGAUCUGGAAAGCGCUGAAAAAGAAGAGGUAGAGCAGUUAGGUGAUAUCUGUUUCUCUCUGCGCUACGUUCCCACCGCUGGUAAACUCUCCGUCAUUAUACUGGAAGCAAAGAACCUGAAGAAGAUGGAUGUGGGAGGACUAUCAGAUCCCUAUGUAAAGAUCCACUUGAUGCAGAAUGGAAAGAGGCUGAAGAAGAAAAAAACCACGAUCAAGAAAAACACCUUAAAUCCAUAUUACAACGAGUCCUUCAGCUUUGAGGUGCCAUUCGAGCAGAUACAGAAAGUGCAGGUGGUCGUCACAGUGCUGGAUUAUGACAAGCUGGGGAAGAACGAUGCGAUCGGCAAAGUGUUUGUCGGCUGCAACUCCACCGGGACGGAGCUCCGCCAUUGGUCAGACAUGCUGGCCAAUCCGAGGCGCCCGAUCGCACAGUGGCACACCCUCAAAGAGGAACAGGACAUAGACGCCGUCCUGGGCAUCAAGACACACUGAGUUCACUUCCUGUCAAUGUAAACUAUGCUCGGGGCUGCUAAAAACUGUUCUCCUUUCACCCCUCCCCUCCUUUGUAAAGUAUAUGAUUUUGUUUGUAAACUUUACAUAGUUUAUUUCUUGUAAACUUUGCUUCAUGCUCCUGUAAAAUCUGUGUUUAGUUUUGAACUUUACAUAGUGCGCUUGUAAAGUUUGUUUUUGGUUGUAAACUUUACUUGGUGCACCUUGUAAAGUUUGGUUUUAUUGUAAACUUUACAUAGUGCUCUUAUGAAGUUUUAUUUUUUGUAAACGUUACUUAAUACGUCUGUAAAGUUUGUUUUUAUUUGUAAAAGCUACUCAGUGCACCUUGUAAAGUUUGGUUGUAUUUGUAAACUUUACACUGCGCGCCUGCAAAAGCUGUGUUUUGUUUGUAAACUUUGCUUUGCGUACUUGUAAAAUUUAUUUUUCACAAUGUGUUAACUUAAAACUGAGUUAUUCUGGGAGCUGUGUAGUGAAUGGAGGUGCAGGACAGACAGACAGACAGACAGACAGGCAGGGGAGAUUCAGAGAGUUAUUCUGGGAGCUGUGUAGUGAAUGGAGGUGCAGGACAGACAGACAGACAGACAGACAGACAGGGGAGAUUCAGAGAGUUAUUCUGGGAGCUGUGUAGUGAAUGGAGGUGCAGGACAGACAGACAGACAGACAGACAGACAGACAGGGGAGAUUCAGAGAGUUAUUCUGGGAGCUGUGUAGUGAAUGGAGGUGCAGGACAGACAGACAGACAGACAGACAGA